AUGGACGACGCAAGCUUCAGCAAGGGCAAAGCCAUGCGCUCUCGCGCCGCCUGCGACCCCUGUCGACUCGUCAAGCAGAAGUGCGACGGCCCGUCCAUGAUCCCUUGCCGCCGAUGCAUGCUCUACUCGCUCCCGUGCACGUACGCCGUCGGAGCGGCAGCAGGCCCGAAGAAGACGGCCAAAGUCGCGGCGGCCCUCGCACCAACGGCCUCGACGAUGCAGCCGCUUCGGCAGGCCUCGACCAGCCAGGCUCAGCUCGACACGCCGACCAACAACCUGCUUCACGACAUGGCCGCACGCCUGCGCUCGAUCGAGUCGGCCAUCUCGUCGCUCCAGCUGUCGGGCCUCUCGUCCACGUCCUCGCCUCUGCGCCAGCCGACGGGGUCGCGCUCGUCCGAGUCGCCCGACGAGGGCCCGUCGCCGCACGGCAACAGCCACCAGUCGGGCUCGGACCGAGGCGGCGACGCGGCGCAGGGCCCGGCACGAGCGACCGACGUCGGCGAAACGGCCGUGCAGGCCAUCAACGACGCUGUCGAGCUUCUGCACAAGGUGACGUCGUCGGGCCUGGCCGCCUUUCAGUCGAUCGGCGAGGACGGGCCCGGCUCGAGCGUCGACGGCGACAACGGCAACGAGCACGCCCGCUCGUCGACGAGCCAGUACGAGGAGGGCCUCGUCGCGCGCAUCCUCCAGAGCGAGGGCUGGACGCGACCCGACGUUCUCGAUCGCGGCGUCAUGACGGCGCAAGAGGUUGAAAAGACGUUCGAGAUCUUCUUCACUCGACUCGCACCAUGGACGCCGUUGUUCCCCGCGAUCAAGGCCGACACGCACGCCGUCCCCGACCUGUACUCGCCUCAAGCCGUGCGCGCGAGGUCGCCGCUCCUGUUCCACUCGAUCCUCCUCUCGACCGCCUACUUCCUUCUCCCCGCUCCAGGCGAGCAUAGCAAACGCGUGUACCUCGGCCUGACCGGCAUCGUCAACGAGCUCGUCGCGCCCAUCGUCAUCUCGACGAGCAGGAGGGACGUGACCACCGACACGGCGCGGGCCUUCCUGCUCCUCAUCAUGUGGAAGAGCGUCCAGCACGCCCACUUUCUUUCGACCUCGUCGUCCCCGCCAACCUCGUCCGCCGAGCGCCAGUACAAGAACAACGCCGUCUCGUCGGCGUCGCUCUGGGUUCUUGAGACGCACCUCUUGCGCACCCUAAACGUCCAGUCGACCGCGCCGCACGCCUUUGCCGCCGCCGUGCGGCACGCCGUUGCGCGAGGGCGCAAGUUCGACUCGGCGUACGUCUUGUCCGACCCCGUCGCGCAACACGCUAUCGACGACUUGCGCCUGUGGUACUGGUCACUCGUCGCCGACGUCCACGGCGCCCUCACGACGGGCCGGGCCAUGCACUUCUCGAACGGCGAGGCAGCCCUCGCUCUGCGCACGGCCCGCGCCCUCGCCGGCUUCAACUUGCAGGCGAGCGACGUGCGCCUCGCCGCGUUUGUCGAGCUGUACGAGGUCGUGCGCGAGGCCAUGCGCUCGGCCUGGGCGUGCACCGGCGACUCGGUCGUCGCGGCCGGGCCCUCGCCGUGCCGGUGGAAGCCCGAGUGGGAGAGCGAGAUGGACGAGUUCAACCGGCGCAUCGACGCGUGGGAGCUCGACUGGGUCGAGCGUCUCAGAGCAGCGUUCGUCGGCGGCGAGAAGGGCGGGGCGAGCGACAAGAUCGCGUGGACCACGCUCGGCAACAAGCACCUCUGCAAGGCCAUCCUCAACGCGUCCGUCUUCUACCGGUGGACCCGCACUCGACGACUCGCCGCCCAAGAUUCGCCCUCGCCGCCGCUCUCGCCAGCACCAACGGGCGGCCCGCCCUUUGUGCCUGUCGCGCCGAGCACCGGCACCGCCAUGGCGUCGAACCUGUCGUCGGCCGAGUGGCGCUUUAUCCAGACGGCCCUCGACGCCGCCGAGCGCCUCGUCUUCGACGUCUCGGUCGAGAGCCGCAUCAUCGUGCCCGGCAGGGCGUACGAUGGCUCCCGCCGGGUCCAGUGGCCUCCUCCAAAUCCCGAGACGGGCCUGCGCGAGCCGCUCACGGUCGACGCGACCGUCGCCGAGGCGACCAAGACGUCGCACGACCCCGUCAGCUGCGUCGGCAUCGCGUAUCCGCUCAUCCUCCUCAGCAAGAUCUGCAACUCGGGCCUCUCGCGUUGCGAGCUCACCACGCUCGACAAACCGCACGACUCGGGCACGUCGUCGCCGAACCCGCCUGCCGCACCGGCGUCAUCGAGCGCAAGCCGGCCCGAGGACGUCCCUGUGCGCCAACGCGCUGUCCUUCCCGGCCGCAAGCUCGCCGUCCUCCUGUCGCUCGGCGCCGCUUUCCUCGACCAGGUCGCGCCGACGCCGGCGCAUCCCGCCGCGGUACACGCCAAGACGCUGCGCCUCAUCCUCAAGGCGGGCACGUGGGGCCAGGCUGGCCAGCAGGCGACGGCGCAGGCGCAGGACGAGGUGAUCGGCCGCGCGUCCCGAGGCGCAGGAGGCGCAGGGCAGCCGUCGCCGCCGCCGUCGGGCCCGUUCAGCAGCGCUGCACAGCUGCUGUCGGCCGUCCUCGCCCAGGUCACGCCGUCAACGCCGCAAGCCGAGGGCCCGCCGCACGGCGGCCCGAGCGCAGGCUUCGCGUUCGACCACCCGUCCGCCGAGCCGUCCUCCUCAAGAAGCACCUUGCGGCACCCCGCCGCUCGUCCAGCACCCGCCCCGGCCUUCUCCUCGUUCCUCGAGCUGGCGACGAGUGCCCUCGGCGAGCCUCUCGAGUCGUCGGCCGACAUGAGCGCCUUCCCGACGCCGACAUUCAGCCACCCUUCCCCGACAUUGCCGACGUCGACUUCUGCGACGGCUGUCGCUCUCCCUCCCCCAUUCCUGGCCCCACCCCCGUUCCCGAAUCACCAUCCUCAUGUCCCGCGACCGUCGUCGACCGAGCCGCCGUCCCUCGACACCUCGACCUCGUUCCCAGCUUUCGAGCCCUUCCCGCGACUUACGGGCGCCGGAUCCACCGCCGGUUUCGGCGCACCAGGCGUCACGCAUGCCGGUGUCGGUAUGGAGGUGGACGCCGACGCGCUGGGUGCGCUCGACUGGUCGGCGCUUGAGAAGCAGCUCGGGAUGGAGAGCGGGAGCUUGAGCGAGGGUUUCGCCGCGAGCGUUGGGGCGAGGGACGAUGGCGCGUCGGCCGGGGCGGCGUCGUACGGCGACGCGGCGGAGCAGUACGACUGGAUGAGCUACUGAGGGCAGCAGUUCGAGGAGGCUCGCUCGGCGAGGGCCGAGCGGGCACGUCUCGCAGGCCGGUGCGCUCUCGCUCAGGCUCGUCGGCGUCUCGCUUCGCCCUCGCCAGAUGUUCUCUAUUCCCUCGUCCCCUCUCUUGUAGCUUCUGAGCCACACGAGUCGAGGAACGCGGUCAUUUCCACUCGAUUCGCUCGCUCAACUUGCGAGACGAUCC